CGAAGAGUGACAAAAGUGCAAUACCUACGGGGUAUAUCUCAAAUUGGCGCAAGCACUGCAACGAGAGAAAAACAGUCAAUACGAAAUUGAUCACUUUCUAAUUUCUCACACGACCUCUCGACUCGAAUCUCCAGUAGCGUGCAGCAGCUGUGCUACUGAAUCGACGAGGGUUGUUGAUUUUGGCUUCGCUUACUGAGCCCGCGCGAAAGAGAGAGAUGCAGUACUGGUUGGAACAAGAAAGAAGGAGAGCAGUUCGCUGAAUUUUUCUCCCCAUUUCUGAUUCUUCUGAACUAUUCCUGUUGUUUGUAGCAUGUUCUCGAUGGCCACGACGUUGACGAUGACGAGCGGUCAUGACGCCGGUGACGGCGGAGGAGGAGGAAGUCAAAUAUCGCCGGCGAGCCUCUUUUCUUCUUCUACUUCUUCUCCGCCGUCGUUGCACCCGGGAAAGGAACAACAAGCCGCUGGAGUCGGCAUCCUCCUUCAGAUCAUGAUGCUGGUCCUCUCCUUCGUCCUCGGUCACGUCCUCCGCCGUCACAAAUUCUACUAUCUUCCGGAGGCCAGUGCUUCUCUUCUCAUUGGGUUAACUGUUGGCGCGCUUGCUAACAUCUCUGACACUGAAACUAGCAUCAGGGCUUGGUUUAAUUUCCACGAGGAAUUUUUCUUCCUCUUCCUGCUACCCCCAAUUAUCUUUCAGUCAGGUUUCAGUCUUCAACCAAAACCGUUCUUCUCCAACUUCGGGGCCAUUGUAACUUUUGCUAUCCUGGGAACCUUUAUAUCUUCAGUUGUUACUGGCGUUCUAGUUUACCUUGGUGGUCUAAUGUUCCUCAUGUACAAGCUCCCAUUUGUCGAAUGCCUAAUGUUUGGCGCUCUGAUAUCAGCCACAGACCCAGUCACUGUCCUAUCCAUAUUUCAGGAACUUGGAACGGAUAUGAAUCUGUAUGCACUGGUGUUCGGAGAAUCGGUUCUUAAUGAUGCGAUGGCGAUAUCCUUGUAUAGGACUAUGUCCUUGGCAAGAAGUCAUGUAUCAUCUGGACAGAAUUUCUUCAUGGUGGUUGUCCGGUUUCUCGAGACCUUUGUUGGAUCAAUGUCUGCAGGCGUAGGAGUUGGCUUUAUUUCAGCAUUGAUAUCCUUUUUAAUUUGCUCUUUACGCACCUAUCAUCCCACAUAUUGUUUGCAGUAUACUGUGCCCCCUUAAUUCUGAAAACCUUUUCAAAUAUGCUGGUUUGGAUAUUGACAAUCUCCAGAACUUGGAGUGCUGCCUAUUCGUUCUUUUUCCGUAUUUUUCGUACAUGCUUGCCGAAGGUCUGGGCCUCUCUGGAAUUGUGUCAAUAUUAUUCACAGGAAUUGUCAUGAAACAUUAUGGCUACUCAAAUCUGUCAGAAAAUUCGCAACGCUUCGUUUCUGCAUUUUUCCAUCUAAUAUCAUCACUGGCUGAGACAUUUAUAUUCAUAUACAUGGGAUUUGAUAUUGCGAUGGAACAGCAUAGCUGGUCCCAUGUUGGGUUUAUCUUCUUCUCAAUUAUAUUCAUUGGAGUUGCAAGGGCAGCUAAUGUCUUUUCUUGUGCAUAUAUGGUCAAUUUGGUUCGACCUUCCCAUCGUCACAUACCUAUAAAUCACCAGAAAGCACUCUGGUAUAGUGGACUUCGAGGGGCUAUGGCUUUUGCACUGGCGCUGCAAUCUGUUCAUGAUUUGCCGGAAGGACAUGGCCAGACUAUAUUCACUGCCACAACUGCUAUAGUUGUCUUGACGGUGCUCCUGAUUGGAGGUUCAACAGGUACUAUGCUAGAAGCUUUGCAAGUUGUUGGCGAGGGGCACGAGAGCCCCUUGGAUGUGGACGAAACUUCUGGUGAUAAUUUUCGAUACAUUGCUCCUCCCUACGAUGAUGAUUCAACAUCAGAGAAUAGGUUCAAGCUGAAACUGAAGGAGCUCCGCAGGAGCACCCCGUCGUUCACAUCACUAGAUAGGAAUUAUCUCACCCCAUUUUUCACUACACAAAAUGGAGAUGAAGGUGACAUUGAUGAUGAGCCCAUGUCGAGUUCUAGAAGAGGAGGUUUCUAUGGGGAUGGCUAAUAUGGGAGGAGGGAUGUCAUGAUUUUGGAGAUGGGGCGGCAGCAUGUCAACUAGGCAUGAUAUGUAGAUAGCUCAAGGAAUGCAACAGCGGUGGCACCGCCAGGUAGAGAUUUCAUUUCAGGGGUCUUGUACAUCUGCCAAGGCUAGGAAAGGAAGUUACUAACAUUGUAAAACUUGCUUAGAUUAGAUAAUAAUCCGCAUUGGGGUGCUGUUGAACUGCACCUUGUAAUUGCCCGCGUUCACAUCCUGUGGAUCUAUUGAUUGUUGUGGCCUGUGGGUCAAUGCUUCAUUUUUCCCGAUGGAUGUACAGAGUGAAGCAAUUAUGAGUGGAUUGGGUUAAUGCUUAUACUUGACAUUUAGAACCUUUCUCCUGAUGGUGGGUUCAGAAUUCAGAUCAGUUGAUAUAUUUAGGAGAACUGCAAUCGUCUUUGGUUUUGGUGGGUUCGGUUUUUCACUUUCUCAUGUAUUUUGUUAAACCCUGCAUAAACCGACAUUAAUCAGUUAUAUUUCGAUCCACCAUUUCACUUGCU